AUGGUGAACAGACACAGUUACAAGUGUGAACUAGGACGUCAUCUGCAGAGUUUGGCUGAAUUGGAAGUGUUGUGUACUCAUCUGUACAUAGGGACUGAUCUUACACAAAGAAUAGAGGCUGAGAAAGCACUCUUGGAACUUAUUGACAGCCCGGAAUGUCUCAACAAGUGUCAACUUUUAUUAGAACAAGGAACAACAUCCUACGCUCAGCUACUUGCAGCAACAUGUCUUUCAAAACUUGUCAGCCGAGUCAGUCCUUUACCUAUUGAACAGAGGAUAGAUAUCAGAAACUACAUUCUCAAUUAUGUGGCAUCACAGCCCAAGCUGGUUCCCUUUGUCAUCCAAGCUCUUAUUCAAGUCAUUGCUAAAAUCACUAAGUUGGGGUGGUUUGAGAUUCAGAAAGACCAGUUUGUCUUCAGAGAAAUUAUUGCUGAUGUGAAGAAGUUUCUUCAGGGUACUGUGGAACACUGCAUAAUAGGAGUAAUACUCCUUUCUGAAUUGACUCAGGAAAUGAACCUGGUUGAUUAUUCUAGACCUUCAGCAAAACACAGGAAAAUAGCUACCUCAUUUCGUGACACUUCUCUCAAAGACGUUUUAGUGCUAGCAUGCUCUCUUCUAAAAGAGGUGUUGGCCAAACCUUUAAAUCUUCAGGAUCAAUGUCAACAAAAUCUGGUAAUGCAGGUCUUGAAACUGGUCCUCAACUGCCUUAAUUUUGACUUCAUUGGUAGUUCAGCAGAUGAAUCUGCAGAUGAUCUUUGCACAGUGCAGAUUCCAACAACCUGGAGAACAAUUUUCCUGGAACCAGAAACAUUGGAUCUUUUCUUCAAUUUGUAUCAUUCACUUCCACCUCUACUGUCUCAGUUAGCACUUUCAUGUUUAGUUCAGUUUGCUUCUACAAGAAGGUCCUUAUUUAGCAGUCCUGAACGUGCCAAGUACCUUGGUAAUUUAAUUAAGGGAGUAAAAAGGAUACUUGAAAACCCUCAGGGUUUGUCUGAUCCAGGUAAUUAUCAUGAAUUUUGUCGAUUUUUGGCUCGUUUAAAAACAAAUUAUCAGCUGGGAGAAUUAGUUAUGGUGAAAGAAUAUCCUGAAGUUAUUAGAUUGAUCGCUAAUUUUACCAUUACUAGCCUACAGCAUUGGGAAUUUGCUCCCAACAGUGUUCAUUAUUUAUUAACUCUGUGGCAAAGGAUGGUAGCAUCAGUUCCUUUUGUGAAAUCAACUGAACCCCACUUAUUAGACACUUAUGCACCGGAAAUCACAAAGGCCUUUAUCACUUCUCGGUUGGAAUCUGUUGCCGUAGUUGUGAGAGAUCAUUUAGAUGAUCCACUGGAUGAUACCGCUACUGUGUUUCAGCAGCUGGAGCAGUUGUGCACCGUUAGCAGAUGUGAAUAUGAAAAGACAUGCACUCUUCUUGUACAGUUAUUUGACCAGAAUGCACAGAAUUACCAAAAACUUUUGCAUUCAACUUCUAGGAUAACUGUGGACAUGGCAAUUCAGGAAGGACGUCUUGCAUGGCUGGUGUACUUAGUUGGGACAGUUGUAGGAGGAAGAUUAACAUAUACCAGUACAGAUGAACAUGAUGCUAUGGAUGGAGAAUUAUCUUGUCGAGUUUUUCAGCUUAUAUCUUUAAUGGAUACUGGAUUGUCUCAGUGUUCUAAUGAGAAAAUAGAGCUUGCAAUUCUGUGGUUCUUGGAUCAGUUUCGUAAAACAUAUGUUGGUGAUCAACUGCAAAGAACCUCAAAG